AUGGGCCAGAUGCAGACCCUGGUUCUAUUCUCAACAUUGCUGACCCUCUGUGUCUCUGAAGGUGACCCUGAGGUGUGGGUGCAAGUCCAGAUGGAGGCCACCAACCUCUCGUCUUUCUCAGUUCACUGUGGGGUCUUAGGAUAUAACAUCAUCUCCCUGGUAACAGUGAGCUGUGAAGGAUUUGUUGAUACCGGAAGGACCAUACUAGCUGUGUUACAUCCAGAACAUGGCACCCAGCAGUGGGCUCCUGCCAGGCAGGCCCACUGGGAAACCCCAAGCAGCGUCUCUGUCACUCUGACAAUGGAACAAUCCAAAGCAAGAAGCUCUCUAGCCAACACCACAUUCUGCUGCGAGUUUGUUACCUUUCCUCAUGGUUCCAGGGUUGCAUGUAGAGACCUGCAUAGAUCAGAUCCAGGACUCUCUGCCCCAACUCCAGCCCUCAGUCUUCAAGCAGACCUGGUGGGGAUCUUGGGAACCUCGGGAUUUUUCCUGUUUGCUUUCAUCUUUAUACUAUGUCUCCGGUGGCAGCAGAGGCAUUGGUGA